GUAUAGAGAUAAAAAAUAUUGCAUCCGAUUAGUUUAUCUCGUUUGUAAUUCAAAACUCGUUAACAGUGAGUAUUGAUGUUGGAAAAAGUACAAAAAUACAAGUGCUGAUAGUUCUGAGGAGAAUGAUCGGAGUGAUAUCGUAUGGAAACAGAAAACGAGGAUCAAACUGCUUCAGUCGGCAUCGUCGUGUCUACGGCGGAAAUGGUGGAAGACGAACCAGAAAAGCACGUCAUGCACGAAGCCGUGCAGCGGUGAUAUCGAAGUGUAGUACAAGUGCUGACCGUGAGAGAGCGUCGCUAGCACUGAUCAACUGUGGCUUAGAGCAGACAGUAUGGGCGAAUACGAAGGUGGCGAAAACGAAGCGCCACCGAACAGCGAAACCAGCAACUGGCAGACGUAGCGCAGUGUCAGUGACAGCAGCCAGUAAAAAACAAGAACAAGUACGAUCGCAAAGUUCGGCAAGUUUGGCCGAUGGUGGUGCUUCUGGUAAAAUGUGCGAAAAUAAUCCCGUUCCGUCUGGAGGUGGCACGGGAAGGAAACGAGGUCACCAGCAUCAUCCCCGAUUCGGGGGCAACCGCAAGUCGGCCGUGCCAGCGGAGGAUGUGAUUGCAGCUUUACGGAGUGCCUUUGACAACGGCGGAGGAUUACCACUAGCUGUUACGACGGGUGGUGGAAGUAGUAUUAGCAGUAGCUCGUCAUCGUCGUCACUGCUGACUGGUACGAUAAACACAGACAUAAUCAUCUAUAACGAUGAAAAUGCUAAUCCGCAGCGGAAUGUCAACCGUGCGGAGGAGUACAAACAAACACCAAUGAUAAUCGAUGCUGAUACUGAUGAAUGCACUGUCAGCUGCAACGAUGACGAUGUUGUAAAUAACAAUCUAGGCCAGGAUCUCAAUGCGGAAGUGGACCAGUUUCAAGAUCCGAUCGAAAGCAUAGCGGAGGUUGAUGAAAGGCUGUCAGAGCCAAGUGAUGAGUUGAUUAUUCAACAACAAAGCAACAGCAAUAGUCUAAUUAGUAGCGACAUAAGCAAUAGCACUGCUAAAAAUGUAAUAGUGAUAGAAGACGACGAAGAUGAUGACGGCGGGGGUAGUGCAGCUAGCGGGGAACCGUUAGUUAUCAAGCUGGACGAAGUGACCAGCGGUCAGGAGCUAGUCAAGCAAAUUACUAAAAAACUGAAACGAAGCAAAAAGAGUCCGUCCUCGGAUGAUUCCAGCAGCGCUAGUGUUAGUCGGAAAAAAUCCAGUAGCAGUAGCAAAAAAUCUUCCAAAAACACCACCGAUGGCAAGCAGCGGAAAAAGGUCCGGACAGCAGGCUCGUCGGAGGUGCAGAAGGUGCAACGGGCUUCCGGAGAUGGAGCACCGAGCGAUGGCGACAGUGGUUUGGCGACGGACGACAUCGACCCGGAUGCGGCGGAAUGGGCCAAACUGAGGUGCACCAGCGAACGGACGGAGGUCAUCGCCGAACGGGAACAUCGACGGCAGAAACGAUGCGCGGACUAUCCUGGUUUGGCAUUCGGUCGAUCCAUUUUCAGCUCCGACACGAUGAUGAAGUUCAACAUAAUCCGGAACGAACUGCAUAACAUCAUGAAGACACAACUGAAACGGGCCGAGUCGGAAGUAGCCGCCCUGAACCGUCGUAUUCAGCUGUUGGAGGAAGAUCUGGAACGUUCGGAAGAACGUCUGGCUUCCGCCACAGCGAAACUGUCAGAGGCCUCGGCGGCUGCUGACGAGAGCGAACGGAUUAGAAAAGCCCUUGAAAAUCGUACAAAUAUGGAAGACGACAGGGUAGCGAUACUGGAAGCACAACUAUCCCAGGCAAAGCUAAUAGCAGAGGAAGCAGACAAAAAAUACGAAGAGGUGGCCAGGAAACUCGUCCUUAUGGAACAGGACCUGGAACGUUCCGAGGAGAAGGUUGAAAUGAAUGAAAGCAAGAUCGUCGAGCUUGAGGAGGAGCUCCGCGUUGUCGGUAACAACCUGAAGUCGCUGGAAGUCUCGGAAGAAAAGGCUAACCAACGUGAGGAGGAGUACAAGAACCAAAUCAAGACGCUCACCACCCGUCUAAAGGAGGCUGAGGCUCGUGCUGAAUUCGCUGAACGUUCCGUUCAGAAAUUGCAGAAGGAAGUCGACAGACUCGAAGACGAACUAAUGCACGAGCGUGCCAAAAACAAAAUGCUCCAGGAGGAGAUGGAAGCAACACUGCACGAUAUACAGAACAUGUAAUACUUACCACCAAUCACGGACAGCAGUUCACACAAUUCGUCGUAUAGAGAGAGAGCGUGAGAGAAAGAGAUAGAUAUGGCGGGGAAAACUAUGGACCCACUAGUCCUCGGGUGCCGUAAAAUUCUCCUUCUACUACUUCUUCUUCUUCUGCACAACAACAAAAACAACAACCAACACAUAAAAACUUGUUGUCUUGUUCUUCGCAUCGCUGCUGCUACACACUCACCGUCACCGUAUUGUCAUUUGAAAUACACAAAUACCAUCAAACGUUUACUUUAGCGAGCGUGGUGACAUCUACCGCACAGUAAAGGUAGCAAACCCGUCGGCUCAGAUCGAUAUAUUUUGAAAAAAGACACACAAUUCCUAUUGGAAAUCGUACAUUCCGCACAGUUAUUUUUGACAACAAUUAGAAAAGACAUUUUCGCUUGCUUCGAUAGCACCAUUAGGAACUUAAUUGAGAAAAGUUUAUCAAUCAAUUUUCAAGUUGUAGGAUAUAAUUGUUACUGCCCAUUAUGAUUACAAUUAUUGCAUAAACUAUCACAGUUUUCUUCCGCGGUAUGAAUUUUUCUGAACAGAUUUGAUUAGUCUUCCAAAAAUCACAGUUGGUUUUCAUUCCGAAAAUUGAACGAAUAAAUAAAAUUGAGAUGUUUCUAGGCUCACGAGCUCUACAUCAACAUGUCAACAGAAUGCAUUUAAAUACAUAAAAAUCAAACAAAGAGGAAGUGAAACCGUGUGUGUAUCAGGAUAACCAGUAAAUUAUUGAAUCAUUCAAUAAAUGAGAAACAAGAAAAAAAAUUGCACAAAAAAGCGUAAGCGAUAGAGAAAUAAACAACAAUAAUUCAGAAUUUAGUUACGUCUAGAGUAUUAAGUAGUGUCAAGCAAAGUCGAAUCGAUGACACGUUUGUGUACGAAUUCGUACGUACAGAAAACAAACAAAAAAAAGGCAAACUAGGGAGCAGUAAAUCGCGCCAAAAAUCGUGUCUACUCUCGUCGCUUCUUCGUUUUGCUUGCGGUUUUAUUUCAAAUCCUCUUUCUAAUUUUAGAUCGUUUUUUAUCUGCAAUAAGUUAUCCCUAUAUAUUUUUUUUUAUUAGAACGGAUGAAAACGAGAUAAAACGCAGUAAUUUAUGAGCAAGCAGAUUUUUUUUUAAUUAUUAGUCUUAGAUAAUUACAUGAGAUAUUCCAGAGAAGGAAGAAAACUGCGAGCGGUGAAAAAUUGAUCGGAAGAAGUGUAGGAGUGUGCAAAAAAAAAGUGCCUUUCAUCGACCGGGUGGGUAUUCACUCGGUUUUAGGGAACCUUUUCCGAUCGAUUUUGAGCUGGAUUCAAACACUUGAAAUUGUGUGGCAUAGCCAUUUGGAGAGUAUUUACUUCUUUUUGUCAAGAGCCUAAAUUAAGCGUCGUAAGUUAUAAGAACCGUGUACAUCCUAUUCCACCAAUUCAUUCCACUCUGUGUAGGUAAUUUCACAGUUUUAGGCAGGUUACACAGAAAUAAUAAAAAAAAAGGCAGAAGUAUUGUUUUCAUGUGAAUGUACACAGAAUCGUUGCAAAACAAUUUUUUUUCACAAAUCGAAACUCAUUGCAAUUCUACGACCACAACCGCAAGAACAACAGCAACUGCAACAACAACAAAAACAACAAUAUCAUAUUGAGUGUUUAUAAUAAUAUAUUAUUUUAUUUAAAGCCGA